CGCUCCAAACCUUCAUUCCAUUCCAUCUCCCUCUCUCUUUCUUUCUUUAUUUCUUGUGCUCAAAGAAAUAUUGCGUUCUUAUAAUCUUAGGUUGUUCAUGUAAAGAGACUGAGAGUCCUGAGUCUUGAAACUUUUGAAACUUUGAAACACAGAUAAUAAUAAUAAUAAGAUAAAAGAUAAGAAAAAUGAGUUGCAACGGUUGCCGAGUUCUGCGAAAGGGUUGCAGCGAAUCGUGUAUUCUAAGGCCUUGCUUGCAGUGGAUCGAUACCCCCGAAGCCCAAGGCCACGCCACUGUCUUUGUCGCCAAGUUCUUUGGUCGUGCUGGCCUUAUGUCUUUCAUUUCCAACGUAUCUGAAUCUCAAAGACCUGCUUUGUUUCAGUCUUUGUUGUUUGAGGCUUGUGGAAGGACCGUGAACCCAGUAAACGGCGCCGUUGGACUUUUAUGGAAUGGUAACUGGCACGUGUGCCAGGCAGCGGUUGAGACUGUCCUACGCGGCGGUACUUUGCGUCCGAUGCCGGAGCUUCUCACAUCCGGUGCACCGAUUCCAUCCUCCGACGAGGUCUCCGAGGCCGAAGUGACCUGUACCAACAUGUGGAAUCUCGGGGAUCCGAGUCCGAAUUCCCGACCCAAGGUCUCGCCAAAACGCCGGCGAUCCGGCGAGCCGAACAAACCGUACCAGACCGAUCUCGAUCUCCGCCUGACUCCGGCGAAAGUAUCGGUGUACAAGCCGGAGAUCCGGCGUCCGGGAUCUCCGUCGAUGAAUUCCGAGGAAUCGGUGACGACCUUCGAGAGUACUUUUGCAGAUCAGUAUGGAGAGAGAAAGCUUCUCAACUUGUUCAAUUGAAUUAGCUAGCUCUCCCUCUGUUUCUUACUUUUUUUUUUUUUUUUUUUUUUUUUUUGUGGGGGGUGAAUUUGAAGCUCACACGUGCGAGUAGCGUACGAUUAGCAUCCCUGUUUUUUAGGUGAGGGAGUUUAUGAUAUCCGGAAUUGAAAUUCCGGCGAGAUUUUGUGAAUCACCGGCACAGGAUUUCUCAGUCUCUUUGUGUUUAGAGAGAAUAGAGGAAGAUGAAAGUUUGUCGGUGAUGUUUUUCUUUUGUAUCUACCUAUGACUAUGAGAGAUGAUGAAUAAUGAUUCUUGCUAAUCUUCUUCUU